AUUUUGCACUUAAAGGAUGCAGGUGUACAUUUUAUUGUGUUUCCUUGGAGCAGUGACAUGUCAGCAAGGCCGGCAGUUUCCUGAGGGCUUCCUAUUCGGAGCUUCCUCUUCAGCAUACCAGUAUGAAGGUGCUUGGAAUGAGGAUGGAAGGGGACCAUCCAUAUGGGACGUAGCUAUUCACAAUAAACAAUCAGUUAUUACAGACCGCAGCACAGCAGAUAUUGCUACGAACCUUUACCACAACUACAAGAACGAUAUAAAACUAAUGACAGAAGUCGGCUUAGACUUCUUCAGAUUCUCCAUCUCUUGGUCCAGAAUUUUACCCACCGGUUUCGCGAAUAAAAUCAACCAAGCUGGUAUAGAUUAUUACAGUAACUUCAUCGAUGAGCUCAUAAAGAAUGAUAUAACUCCCUUCGCCACAAUCUACCAUUGGGAUCUUCCAGAGAAAAUGCAGGAAAUGGGUGGCUGGACGAACCCAGCUAUAGUCGACUUCUUCUUGGACUAUGCUAAGAUAAUUUUCGACAAUUUUGGCGAGAGAGUCAAGUUCUGGGUGACGAUUAAUGAGCCAGAACCUGUGUGCAACAACGGAUACGGUACGGGAAUACAUGCGCCAUUCUUGAACCUCUCAGGAAUCGGUGAAUAUAUGUGCGCAAAGAAUGUCUUGCUUGCUCAUGCUCGCACGUAUGAGUUGUACCAGAAGAAAUAUAAGUACCAGAACGGAAAAAUAGGUAUAACGCUGAUGUCUGAAUGGCUUGAGCCGUAUAAUUCUAGUGCUGCCGAAGAUAGGCAAGCGGCUUAUGAUAUGCUCCUUUUUAAUCUAGGCAUAUUCGCGGAUCCAAUAUUCUCCAAAACUGGUGACUUUCCACAAAUAGUGAAGAAGAUGGUCGCUGAAAAGUCCUUGAAGCAGGGAUUCCCAAGGUCUCGUCUGCCCACCUUGUCUGAGGAUGAAGUGGAGCUGAUCAGAGGUAGUGCUGACUUCAUGGGUCUGAAUAUCUACUCCAGUAAUCUGGUGUACAGAAACGAGUCAGUCAGGGGAAUGUAUCCGGUGCCUUCCUUUAAAGAUGACGCUGGUGUCGGGAUUACUGUAGCUCGUUCCUGGCCAAGGUCAAACUUUGAAAGAAUUCAGUUCGUACCUUGGGGUGCUACCAAAAUACUUAUGAAAGUGAAAGAGUUGUACGACAAUCCGACUGUGUACGUCACAGAAAACGGCUGGCCCAACAAUGGGGGUUUUGAUGAUGAAGACAGGGUGCAUUUCCUGGCCAGCUACCUGAAUUCCAUCAUGGAGGCAGUGAAUCGAGGGUGUGAUGUGAGAGGAUACAGUGUUUGGACCCUCAUGGACUGCUUUGAAUGGAUCAAUGGAUACACCCUAAAGUUUGGAUUGUACCAAGUUGACUAUUCGAGCCCGAAUCUUACCAGAACUGCAAGAAAAUCUGCAGAAUUCUACAAGAAUAUCACCACCACAAGAUAUCUAUUGAGAGAUUAUGAUUAUAAUGAACGUGAUGUUGUAGUAAAUAUUUAAGUAAAUAAAACAGUCUAAAAUGUUG